CCCGCUACCCAGCUAGUUGGACUUAAGUCCCGAAGUCGACGCCCCCUACCCCCACGAUGUCCAAAGCAGCUCCCGCCAAAAAACCGGUGGCUACGGCCCCGCCUCCGGGAUGUACCCUGGACAUCAACGACCCCCAGGUCCAGAAAGCGGCCAUUCGCAUCCAGGCCUCUUACCGGGGCCACAGGUCCCGGAAGGAACUGCGGGAGAAGGGGCCGCCGCGAGUGCUGGAGCCACUGAAGGACGUAGUGCUGAUCGAGGGCAGCGCGGCCAAGCUGACCUGCCGCAUUUCGGCUUUCCCGGACCCAUUCAUCCGCUGGAGCAAGGAUGGCAAGGAGCUGCGCGACGGGCCCAAGUAUCGCUACGUCUUUGAGGACCCGGACGUGGUCGCGUUGGUGGUGCGCGACGGCGAGCUGGCGGACUUGGGCCAGUACAGCAUCAACGUAACCAACCCCUUCGGCCAGUGCUCCGACUCCGCGCGCAUCCUCGUGGAAGUCCCGGCGAAAAUUCAGAAGGGACCGGAUAACACUAAAGCGCGCAGAGGCGCCACGGUGACGCUGACUGCGGAGAUCCUGGGCGAGCCUGCGCCCGACGUGGGCUGGACCAAGGACGGCGUGGACAUCGAAGAGGAUGACAGGGUGUUCUUCGAGAUCGGUACUACCACCACCGUGCUCACCAUCCGCCGGGCCACACCCCAGGACAGUGGCAAGUACGAGGUGUACGUGGAGAACUGCCUGGGUAUGGACCAGAGCUUCGCUCGCGUGGACGUGGCCUGAAAGGGACCCUCGGAACUUUCGCUCCGUUUCCAAGCCCAGGGGUGGGUGGCACCAAUAGCCCCUCCCCCGCCAACUUGCUUAAUAAAGCUGCUCCCUCGGACC